AUGAAGUAUCUUGCUAAUUUCUCAUUUCUAGGUCUGGCCUGUGCCGGUUCCCACGCGGCAUCCAUCUUGACUGGCACGUCAGUCACAACGCCCCUCGGCUCGUUCAACCUUUCUAGAGGUGCGGCAUGUGCGUGCCAAAGGCUCUCUCAUACUUCCGGCGGAGUGAUACGUCCGAACAGCGCCAACUAUACUGCUCAGGCCGCCGACGCCUACUGGGACGUUCGGGCUGAUCUUUCUCCUGCCUGUAUUUUCCUUCCCGCAACCGCUAAUGAUGUCGCGCAUGCUCUCGAAGUAUUCGGUUCUUGUGAUGCGCAAUUUGCGGUCCGUGGUGGAGGCCACAUGAAUUAUCCGGGAUCGAACAACAUCGUCGGCGGUGUCCUCGUGGGCCUUUCGAAACUCAACAACGUCAAAGUCAACAGCGAUACCGUUGAAGUAGGACCGGGUCUUACCUGGUACGAUGUCUACUCAGCUCUUGAUUCCCACGGUCGUGUUGCUAUCGGUGGUCGCAUGAAGACAAUUGGUGUUCCUGGGUUGACUCUUAUCGGUGGCUUCCACUAUUUCAACAACAAGUACGGAUAUGCCAUGGACAAUGUGGUCAGCUACGACGUGGCCCUUGGGAAUGGCACACAGAUCACUGUCGACAAAGAUUCGCAUGGUGACCUCUUCUGGGCUUUGAAGGGCGGUGCCAAUAACUUCGGCAUCGUAACUAAGUUCACGUUGAAGACCUACGACAUGCCAAUGGUCAGCACGACCAUCCAGGUGUACAAUGAGAGCGGGAUUCCUGAUUUCAUUACUGCGGUUUGCAAUGCUGCCAAGCUGGAUGAGGAAGACCCCAUUGCUGCCGGUAUGAUCGCUACAGUUGAGUACAAUGCUACUACCGAAGUGGUUUCUGCUUCGGUUCUUGGUGUCCAGGAGGGCGCAGUUAGUCCUCCUUCUCAGUUUUCCAACUUUACUGCCAUUCCGGCAACAACCAGAAUCAACAAGAUUCAGUCUAUGAAGAGCUGGGUGGCGGUGUUGGACUCACCUAAGCAGAUGUUCCGUGUCAUGUUCUCUCACAAGAGUAUGAAGCCUGACCCGGAGGUUCUCUACUCAAUUUACAAUGCAUGGAAAGACGCAGUCGAUGAAAUCGCCGAUGUCGAGGGUCUUUACCCUACAUUCGUGACCAAUGUGCAUGCUCCCAGUUCAGCGCGAGUUGCACUUAACAAUGGCAUUGGCAAUGUCUGGGGUUUGGAAGCAGAGCCUUUGAUUCUAUGGCAAUUCAGCACGGGAUGGGCAUUGGCGCAGGAUGAUCUUCGCGUUGAAGCUUGGUCCCGCCAGCUCACCGAGCGACUCCAUAAGAUCAAUGUCGAGAAGGGACUUGCAUCUGACUUUGUCUACAUGGGUGAUGCGGGUGGAUGGCAAAAUCCCUUUGCAGGGUUCCCAGCUGAGAAUGUGGCCCGCAUGAGAGAGAUCAGAUCCUCCUAUGAUCCCAAGGGCAUUUUCUCUCGGCUCAACUGGGGUGGUUUCAAGCUUGGAAUUUGA